CCGAAUUGCCCUCGUUCCAUCCGGAUACCCCCGAAACGCACAACGGCAAAGACCCGUCACAAUUCCCCCCACCACAACGCCAGUGAGCAAGUAUCGGCGUCGGGAUGGCACGGGAACAACAAUCGUCUCGACUCCUCGUCGCGGGGUCACGACUGUUGCAGUUUGCAACGAGUGGUGCCGCGGGAGGUCUUUUCGUCGGUCAAGAAGAUAUCGACGCGAACCGGACGGUGGUUCCGAUCACGGAAACCAACGCCGACACCAACGAACCGGCAGACCGGGACAACCUCGAUCGGGUCAAGGCGUUCUUUUUGAUUCUCUUGUCCGGGGUCGGGAUCGUUCUAGGGCUCAUCGUCAUCACCUACCUCGUUAUGAUUCUUCUAGACAAGUGUACGCGCCGUGGCGAUGCGGAAGAAGAACGUGAUCACGGGGUGGUCUCGCGGAAAGCCGGUUUGUGGGGUCUGAAGCAAUCCGAACGCCAAGCAAUACUGGAGUACAUUUUUCGAAAACACAAGACGGUCUUUGAGUACAGUCAAGAAUUGGUACCAGCUGGGAACAAUUCCGGAGUCGACACGGGGGAAGCGAUACCCGUACUCGAUGCGGAUGUUUCGACAACGAGCGACAGUGGAAGAGAUCGUUUCGGGAAUGAGACAACUUCAAAAGAUAGUCCCGCCGUCAGUGAAAAAGAUCAGGGUAUCAUUUCCGAGCCAUCGGUCGAGUCGUCGCGCUCCAUACCCGGACGCGCACCGGUCGACGAGCACCGGGACGAAAACGACACUGCAACGUUCCCGGAAGACGAUUCGGACGAAGAUCAGGCCAGCCACGACAAUCUCUUCUCGAGCGCCACCACGGAAUCCAGUGACGACCUCGCGUUGACCGAGCACGACGACAACGACCACGACCGCGUGUGUUGUAUCUGCUUGGCUCCUUACGAAGCUGGCAGUACCAUGUUAACAGCGCGAACGUGUCCACACCAGUUCCACUACGAUUGUUGCAUGGAGUGGCUCGUUGCCUUUCACGACCAUUGCCCGUAUUGCCGGGUGGAAAUGAUGACACCGAACCAGAUGCGCAAAGCCGCACGCAAGGUACUCGGUCAAGCUCGUGUCACCGAACUGGGCAUGUGGCAGCAGUACCAGCAAUCAAGGAAUGAUCAUAACACGGAUCCCACGCAGGUACGCAUUGGACGAGAACUCCAAGCCGAAGUGGAGUUGACCGUGCAAACGGAAGGUAGCAACGAUCAAGGUGCAAUUUUGGACGUCUCGGUUGCCGAACAGCACAGAGAUAUCGAAUCAGGGACAGUAGUUGAUAUGGAAAAUUUUACCGAUAGUGGGACAGCUGGUCAAGACCACCCGGCUCAUGGAGAUUCCAGCGCGAACGGUGACUGCACGCGGACAACAGUUGUAAGUCACAAUCACGAAUAAUCGAAAGCUGUCUUCACAGUUAGUAUUGAAAGAACGCUGGAUAGUUUUGUGUUCAUUUGCAGUCAGUGUAAAAUAAUGAUAGCGUCUUUUUGUUUUCUUUAUGGUU